AUGAAGCAGGUUGAUUCUGACGGGAUGUCAACGAGCACCGAACAAACAACGCCUUUGCGGCUGAGCUUGACUGCUCUGCUUCCCAGCGCUGAAGUCCAAAGCUGUCGCAGAAGCCGAAGUGAGAGCAAGGAAAGCCAGGCACUGGGCGGCUUGCCGAUGUCUGUGAUCAGUGUGUGCGGCUCCGACCCUCUGGACCACUCCGACAGCGAGGGCAGCAAACCAGAGCCGCAGUCCCAGCCCUACACCGGAGUUUCGACGCCUUACGUUGGUCAGAGCCAAUCUCGCAAGGCAGCUCGCCACAUCCCAAAGGUGCGAAGCGUCAAGGCUGCUGGACAGCUGGUGCCAGGACCCUGCUCGAAACAGCCGUGCGCGCCGGGAUGCGUCCCAAAGCAAGGAGGUGGGGGUGCUGCCGGACACUCGCCCGUGAUCUGUUCGCCUGCUCCAACUCUGGACAAGAAAGCCAAGAACUCGAAGAAGACGGUUGGAGCUCCCCCUACUCGCAAGGGUCCAGAGCCUUUGGCCCAGGCCAUGAAAACGGCAGCGAUCGCGCUGCAGAAGGCCCGAGCCAUGAUGCCUGCGGUGGACCUCCAGCCUGCACUUGCACCCGUCUGGUCAACCGAAUUAGAGAUGUGGAAUUCGUUGGCAAAGCCGAAGUAUCAGUGA